AUGGAUACCCCUGAGCAGCGGACCCAGCCUCCUCCGCCUAGCUUGACCUCUCCGACCACUGGUCGUGCCUCUAGUGUUGCGGCCGGUCUGGACGGUCGAGACUCCAUGGCCGCGUCGGCGGCGGCGGCGACGGCGGCGGCCGGUGGCUCAGGUACUAAUGGAGUCAAGGAGAAUGGCGUGAAAGAGGAGGAGAAACCAUCCUCGGCCGCUGCUGCGCAGGUGCCCCGGAUGCCGCAGGAUCCGCAGAAGUCUCAGAACCCAAUCACCAGUACUAAGACAUUCAGUCAGACCCCUACCACGAUGGAAAAGACCGAGGAUGCCCAGAAAGCUCCCAGCAAGGUCACGAACAUCAACGACCAAUCUGCCACCGUGCCGCCUACUACAUUCGGCUCUCAGACCUCUAACAAGGAAGACGAUACCCGCCGUCUGAGUCUGCAGAAGGAUAAGUACACCGGCGCGGAGAUGAGCAAACGACAGUCCUUGCUUGAGUCGAGACCUCCGGGUACCCUGGCUGGCGGCAACCAAGGCGGUUCUGUCGACGAGGGAAAAGACUACAUCAACAACAACGCUGCCGGUCUGUCUAUCUCCGGUACACCUGGAAUCCCGAGUCGACCUGCUGCCACGUCCAAGGCCAGCGAGGAAGCGCUGAAGGGCCCUCAGUGCUCGGCGAAGCCCCCGUAUGAUUUCGAAAAGCAGUUGGAUGACCCGGCUGGUAGACGGAAGUCGAAGUCAAGCCACAAGAAAUCCGACUCCACAGGCGACGCCAAUGCCGCUAAACCCGCCGAAAAGACUCCCUCAUCCGAGGCAUCCACGAAGAGUGGUUCGAAGAACGGAUCCAAGAACGGUCUUCACAAUACCAUGUCUCACAUGAAAGAGAAGAUUGAAAAGGUGGUCCAUCGGGGUCAUCAAUCCGAUAAAUAA